AUGAACAAACUAUUAGUAUUUGGGGUCAUCUUGAGAUUCAUCAUCCCAACGAUAUUCCCAGACAUCCCUGAUCUGUUGGAUAGUCUUGUGGAGCUAUCAACACCCAUUAAUUCCUUUGGAUCUUUGAAAGAAUCAUUUUUCUACUUAUCCAAUGGUAUCAAUCCAUAUAAUGGUGGUAUAAAUCACCAUUCUCCAUUAUUAGUAUCAUUUUUCUACAAUUUCCAACAAUUAUUGGGUAAUAAUAUGUUCACCAUCUUCACCAACUUCCUUUAUGCGUUGGUGGACGCGUUGAUCAGUUUAAGAUUGGUUAAAAUCAAUAAUUGGUAUCAUAAGUAUAAUAGUGAGAGACGUGGUGAAAAGUUGUAUAAGAUAUCUGACGAUUUGAUUGUAUCAUUUUACUUAUUCAAUCCUUUGAUGAUUUUAAGUACCUUAUCACAUUCAACAUUAAUCUUCUCGUUAUUUUUCACCAUCGAAAGUGUUUAUCAGAUCAUUAAUGGGAACUUACCUCGUUCAAUGAUUAGUUUAUCAAUAUCAUCAUAUUUAUCAUUAACACCCAUCUACCUUAUAUUCCCCAUUCUUGCAUUUGCCCAUAGAUUGAUUAAAGUCGACCAAUUAUCACAAAUUUACUUCCAUGGACUGGCAGUUUUCAUUACAUCCAUUGGACUUUUAUUAUUCUUUUCAUUGAUUUUAACAUCAUCAGCUGAAUUCAUCGAUCAAUGCUAUGGUACAGUAAUAAGGUUUGAUAAAUUGCAACCAAAUAUCGGAUUGUGGUGGUAUUUCUUCACUGAAAUGUUUGAUUUCUUCACACCUUUCUAUUUAGGAGUUUUCAACUUAUUUCAUUUCAUCUUCAUUCUUCCAAUAACCAUCAGGUUAUUUGAAUACAAAAGUCAUAAAACUGUUGGUGAUGGGUUUUUAGCUAUUUUCCUUUGUUAUGUAUGGUUAUCAUUUACCAAACCAUAUCCUACAAUCGGAGAUUUAGGAUUCUCAAUAUCAUUAAUGCCCAUAUUUAGUGGCACCAUUAUUCCUUACUGUAAACUCAUUCAUAUCACCGGUAUAGUAUGGUUGAUAGGUCUUUUAUUAUCACCUAUCUUAUACUAUUGUUGGAUUGUUUUAGGUAAUGGGAAUGCUAAUUUCUUCUAUAGUAUGAACUUACUCUUUGGAGCUGUUCAUAUCCUUAUACUAAUCGACUUUUUAUGGGGGAAAUUAGUUUCAGAUUAUUGUGAUAUUCAUAAAGUACCUGCCAAAGACCGUCAUACCAUAAGAUUAACCCAAUACUAA